AGUAGCAAUGUAAUCAAGUGCGCAACAUUAACAUGACCAACGUGGUACAAAUACAAAGAAAAUAAAUCUCUUUACGGGCGAAGCCAUACACCAUAAUGGUGUGAUCCAGAUGCCUCGGACACCAGCCUUCCGAGUUCGAAGUGGGGAAAUCUCACAGCUUUCUUGCGGCAUUUCAUGGAGAAACGCACCCUUUUUGUACCUAAAGGGAGGUUCUUAAGGGUACACCCAUCAAGGACCCUCCAAAAUGGGGAACCAUCACACAAAUUAUAUCAAAUUGAGCAAACGGAUUGGUGCAAAGGUGGUGGACUUCAAACAUGAAACAAAUGGAGACAUUGCACGGUCCAUAACAGCGACAGAGUUGGAGAUUUCCAGGAUAGAAGCAGAGAGGCCAACAAGUUGGAGGGAAUAUUCCUUCACAGAUGGCAACACGACAAAUGACUCCCAGAUUGAUUACCAGGUGAAGCAGUCCAAUGAGAGCGUUGAAAGUAAUGACUCUAUAAUUGAUGGGGUGUCUGAGAUGGACCAAACCCAGGCUUCUGGCAUUGGCCUGUUGGAUGAACCUCAGGGGAACCUGAUGGAUGUGUUGGUGCAGCCUGAAGACCAGAAUGAAGAGCUGGAACAAACUCUGAGUAGUCCUCGUAGCACUCUGAUGGAGCUGUUCCCCCAAAUGAUCACUCAGAUGGGGAAGACCUCUCCCCGGCAGAGGUACACAAAGAUGAGACCAAUUGGCAGCAAGGCCGGGACCGGCAAGCCCUCACCCAGGGGGGAUUGCCACGACCUCUGCCAAUCUGGUGAUGAACACAACCUGAAAGCAGCAGUUAAAAGCUGCGUGGCCAUGAUCCAUUCCCCUGUGCAAAGACAUUCCAACCUGACUCAGCCGCUGCAGGGUGUGGGAGCAUCUUCUGAGAGUGAGGCAGAACCGGGCGAGGAGAGAUGGCCAGUGGACGGAAUUUUCCUUGUUGAUGCAAAGCAAGGAGUCAAUGAACCAUACAUUCACUGUGUCCAAGGGUUCUCAUCCCUGUUCGCCUCUCUCUGGCAAACCUCAGGGACAAAGCCAUUCCACUGCAGUGCAAUCCCCAGCUCAGACCCUGAGGUUUAACAGAAGCAAUGGCCCUUAUGUGAUGGAGAGCUCAACUGUUCCCAAGACUCUGCAGAGCUUGUUAAAUACAAGGGGGAAGAACCAUAAUGGCUAUGGUGGAUCUCCCAAGGCUUUGGCAAGACAGAACCCUGUAUCAUCUUCUAUACAUGAGCAGCACUCCCGGUCACCAAAGAGAAGGCUCUACCAUCAGGAUUGUCACAGUCCCUCCCGGAUUAGAUCGGACUCCCUACAGUCGUCCCUCCGGCCAGGUGGAAUGUAUUCCCCUGCCAAAAUAGAAGAGGCGUUCAGAAAUCUUUACCACAAAGUUGUCUGUCUGGCCAAAGCUCCUCUCUCAAAAUGCUCUCCCUGUCGUUGCUCUGCUCGAAGAUUAGAGGCCAACAUUGGGAGCUCUUCUUCCCCUGCCUCUGCACCGUCACCUCUGGCCCUUUCCCCCCACCGCUCCAACCUGCGGAAGCGUGCCAGGGAGCUCGACUAGGACAGGUCUCCCACUUUCAAACACCCCUGGGGAUGGAACUCGUCCCCUGGCGCCAUUUCAAAGAGAGAAGACUGCAUCUGUAACAGUGCAGUCCUGAGUUGGUGUUCUACAUUAUUGCGUUGGAUUUUACGGUACUGCUCAUUCAAGUUAAAUUGUAUUCAUUGUUUAAGUAUUGUUUCCUGAAGAAAAAAUUAAAUCACUCCAUACAACUGUUA